AUGGGAGAACAAUUAAUUGAGGAGUUUUGGAUUGCUGAGGGUUAUGAAAAACCCGCGGAGACCGUUCUGCCUACGAACCAAUCCCAGCGAAGGCUAUGGGAACUAAUGGAGUACCCUGACAGUUCCCUCGCUGCUCGAAUCGUCGCCUUCAUCUCCAUCUUUGUCAUCGUAAUAUCAAUAGUGUCGUUUUGUUGGGAGACGGUACCUUCUGGAGACGUCCGUGAAGUAAACACAACUUUACCAUUGAACGCGACGUCUUCGGACAAGGAGGAUGGCAGGCCGCUUUGGAAUCCGUUCUUCUGGCUUAGAACUCAACUCACACUCCGAUUUAUCAGUUGCCCGUCGAAAGUGAAAUUCUUGAUGUCGUUCCUCAACAUCAUCGACUUUGUCGCAAUCGCUCCAUUCUUCGUGAAUCUCAUCUGGGCCGACGCUAAUAAGUCGAGUGGAUCAAUGUCCUUCGCAGUGCUUCGAAUUCUUCGGCUCGUGCGAGUGUUUCGAAUAUUCAAGCUGAGCAGACACUCAGCUGGUCUACAAAUUCUCGGAAAAACAUUCCGAGCGUCGGUGCAGGAGUUUUGUUUGCUCAUAUUCUUCAUGGCGAUAGCUUUGGUGCUGUUCUCAUCAGGGAUGUAUUUCGCCGAACAAGGAGAGCCAAAUUCGAAAUUCACCUCUAUACCGGCAUCGUUCUGGUUUGUACUGAUAUGGCGAUCUAGUUCCACUGAGCACUCAUGGUAA